UUUUUUCUUUUGCUUUUUUUCUUUUCAAAAGCCACAUACAAAUGCUUGGUAUGGAUAUAUUUCUUAUGUAUAUUUUUCUUAUAGGAGACCACCAGACCAAUGCACUAUCGUGUGCUGCUAGAUGAGAAUGUGAGGAAGCUCGAUUUAAGUCCGGAUGGGAUUUACACUAUUUUUCGGAUAAAUGAUCUUAAAAACUCACGUGGGCUCAUCUUGUUCAAGGCGCUUAGCCAGGGUACCAGGCUCUUUAAUUUAUUGGCAAAUAGAAGGAUAUCUCAUCAAUGGUUUUGUGAAGGUGUUUAUCAAUGUUCCAGGCUUACAAUAGAGAACCAAGAGCAAGUUUGUGUUUGCUGGUUCGACAAGGGAUAUCGGGACUCAAAUUGUACGUUUAAUUAUGGACUAAAUUGAGUUCGGUUGUGCGGGUUACUAAAUACUUAGAUAUUAAUCUUUUGCCUGCUUCUUGGAUUUUGUGUUCAAACAAAAAACUUUCUAUUGACGCCUUUUAUAAUUGAUGGAUAUUUUAUUAUAUUGUCGGAAUAUUGAAUUUGUGAUGGAUUGAUGUGAA